AUGGCAAAAUCCGCAAAGAAUGAGACUCAACGUAAAAAUGUCGAAGCGCUGGUGUGUGGAGAAAGUGUAACGGGUAAGCAAGACAGCUGGGUACUUGAUUCGGGUGCAACCGAUCAUAUGAGUAAGCGGCGAGAUUGGUUCACUACAUUUGAACAGUACAAUGAUAUUGUCAAAGUUGGCGAGGGGCGUGCCAUUAAAGCAGCAGGAAAAGGUGACAUCAAUGUUUUAGUUAAUGACAGUCAAGAAUGGGUGCAGAAAGUUUUGACAAAUGUGCUUUACGUGCCGGACAUUAUAUAUAAUUUGUUUUCACAAACAAAGGCGCUAGAUCGUGGUUUUCAUUUUUAA